GGGUGAUAAUGAGCCCCGAGCGCCGGGCACCCCCGGCUCUGUUUUGUGCAAUGGUCGCGUUUAUUUGUUCAUUUGCAUCGUUUCUCGUUUCUCACAAAUCUCACAUCACAUCUUGGCAUGAUAUUUGCAGUAGUUUGGAAACUAGAUUUGACAAAAGGAAAUAAAAGGAAUUAGUUGCUACAUCUGUACGUAAACGCAUUAAUCUAGUAAUUUCUUCGUCUGGACGGUGUUGGAAUAUUGGCGAAGCAUAUCGUUAGAGAAACGUACGAGCUUACGUUUGACUGAUCAAGAUUCAGCAGAAAAGUGAAAACGGUAUAAUGGAAGAGAAUCAAAUUUCUGACACAGAAGUUCAGAAUCUCUCUACCGAUGGGGAGAAUACCUUGGAAAAGGAACAGACAGUAUCUUCACCAGUUUUACCUUCAUAUAUCAAGAGCUAUUCUCAAACACAUAUUGAAUCAACUAUAGUUGACCAAACAUGGAAAAUUGAUAAAUAUAUGCGUUUUAGUAGGAUCACGAAUAUAAUACCGUUUCCAUCGUUUCUAAAAAUAGGUCCAUGUAAGAUUGAAUUCCGUGUUCCAUUUGAUUCCCCUUAUUUGAGGAAACGUAUACAAUUACGUAUACUUACUAAUAAACAAUCAUUUGACGGUUCAUGUACCACUACUAUAAUGGCACCAACCGCAAAUAACGUUUUAUCAUCAAAAUUCAUUUCGGGUCGUAUAUCGGAUAGGAUAUUGUUAAUUGAAAUCUCGCUAUCUGACUCUCAGAUUAGUUAUACAGAUUCGCUUAUAAUACAUUGCAAGUUUGAAAUUUUUCACAAUCUGAUAAAUAAAACUGUACAUAUGAAUUUAUUACCAUCGUCAAAAGAAUUUUCAAAAGACGUGACACAUGUUGAAGACUCGACCUCUGAUGAGUUUCGAUUUAAAGAUGAGGAAUCAAUCAAAUUUAUAGUAGGAGAAGACCAAUAUGUUAUAUCAAAAAAAUCAUUGUGCGCCAUCAACAGUAGUUACUUUAACAAUAUCUGCCGUACACAUGAGGGAGAAGAAAAAAAUAUGACAAUUAAUAUGAAUGAAUUAGUAGCGGAUAAUGAGGUAGAAUCUUUUGGACAGAUUUUAUUAUAUAUUUUAACUGGCUCUAUAGAUCAUGGUGAUUGUGACAUGCUUAAAGAAUUGUUAACAACAGCUCAUAAGUAUGAUGUAUCAGCUUUGAAAUUAACGUGUGAAAAUUAUUUAUUACGCUAUAUUACAAUUGAUAAUGCUGUGGAACUUAUACAGCUUGCGUUUUCGUCUAAUGCAAAAUUUUUAGAAACACAUUCGGCAAGUUUUAUUAAAUUUCACAUAAUUGAAAUUAGAGAUACUAAAGAAUUUCGAAAUCUACCACCAGAAGAUUUUAAUAAGAUAAUGGAAUUGAUUGAGAAAAGUGAAGUUGAAAUCAGUACUCAUCAAUUUUUGUUGUCACGAGCUAUGAUAAAUGAGACAUUUACACUGGCUCCAAUUUGAUUCAUAUUAUAUUGA